UUACGUUUAUUUAUAAUGUUUUCACUCUUAUAGAAAUUCUGAUAUUGGGAAAUGAGAAAAAUUUAAUGUACGUAAAGGACAAAAAUAAAUGGAGGGAGUAAUAGGUAAUUAUUAAAUACAAUAAAAAGCAAAAAAGAAAAUCAGUAAAUAGCCACAGUAAAUAACGUCAUAAGGGGAAAAAGUCAGAAAUAAAUAAGAAAAACUACAAAAAAAAAUAAGUUAAUCACAAUGAAAAUUACGUAGGUCUAACCACAAAUGACACUACUAAUGAAACAACAAGUAAUAACUGGCAAAAUAAAAAUUACAUUUUGUUGACCCAAAAAUAGUUAUCUUUUGUUGACCCACUCCGGACCCGUCUCUGUCCAUGAUGGACCGUGAAUAACUUGCCCACUAAAAGUCCGCCUAUGUCCAGUUCGGGUCGAUUCGAUCCGGCCCAUUUCUGAUUUGGACCGAUAAACACCCCUGAUAUUUAACAGUAACUAACUAACUAUAGCAGUAUAGCCUACCGAAAAUGCUCGAACUGCUCCACUAAUCCCGGAGAAGAAAACCCAGAAAACGCUAGGAUGAAGAUGAAGAUUCAUCCUCAAGGUCCUGCUUCCUUCUUUCAUGGUGGUAUUCCUCUUUUCCCUUCUUCUUUGUCCUUUUUCACUUCCCCUAAUUUCCCCUUGUUUUCCCCUUAUCGAUUUAUAUUCCGUCAUUUCUGUGUUAGUAAUCAAUUCGAUUUUACUCAUGAUCGUCACCUAGUUCUCAAUUCCGUUAGAGAACAUUGUAAAUUAGGGUUUUCCAAUUUGAAACUCCCACUUUCUCUCUUCCAUCAAUCGAUCUCUUUGCGCCCUCUUCCUUCUGUUAUCAUUUUCAGUCAGGUCUUCACUGCCAUUCUCAAAUUGAAACACCUUAAACCUUAUUCCACCAUUAUUACUCUGUCCAGGCAGCUUGAAUUAUUGGGUAUUCGACCCGAUAUGUAUUCUAUGGGUAUUCUCACCAAUUGUUACUGUCAUCUCGGCCGCGUCGAUUUCGGCUUCUCUUGCCUCGGUAAAGGCCUGGAACUUGGUUAUCCCCCGAUUCUGUUUUCUUAACCACCUUAUCCACUGGAUUGGUUCACAAAAGGAUAACACCUGAUGCUUUUACAUAUAACACUCUAAUUGAUGGCUUGUGUAAAGCCAGUAGACUAUCACUUGCACAUAAGCUGUUCCAGGAAAUGCAAGCUCAUGGUAUUCCUCCUGACGUUAUAACAUAUAGUUCAUUGGUUGAUGUCCUGUGCAAAAGUGCACGGCUUGAUGCGGCAGUUGCAAUACUCAAAGAUAUGGAGGAUAAAGGAAUUAAACCUACUAUUGUCAUCUAUAGUAUCCUAAUGAAUAGCUUGUGUGAGUCUGGGCAGCUUGAAGAUGCAGCAAACUUGUUCUAUGAUCUUGUACUCAAGGGUCUGCAGCCUAAUGUUAAAACAUACAAUGGACUAAUGAAUGAAGUUGAUAAAGUAUUAAGGAACAUGGAGGAAGAUGGUUGUUCUCCUGAUGAUAUCACCUAUAAUACAAUCAUCAGAAGAUACAUUCUCAAUAAUGACUUAUCAAAAGCAUUAUGGUAUUGUGAUCUUAUGGUCAACAAGGGGUUUGAAGCUGAUGCAAACACUUUUCAUUUGUUGACCUCUUGUCAUCUGAUAGCCUAUGUGAUUCAUCUAAAGACCUAUUUCGGAAGUUCCUUGAGUAACUUGAAAAUAAUGUGGCAAUCAUUGGGAUGCGGAGAAUUCAAGAGUUGUGCUUCAGAAUGUUUGAUUUAACAGGUACUCGAAGUACGUAAAGUUGUACGCGACACCAUUCGAUCGAAAGUGAGAAUCAACUAGUUGCAGAUUCAAGAGCGAAACACACAAAGGGUUAAGUAUCCAUGCCUGUCACGGGCGCGGGUAAGAGCUCCAGACCCGAGAUAGUGAUGUUGGUGCAGGGAGCCGGGUCGCUGCAUGCUAAGUGGACCGGUGGGGACCGUGUGUCGUACGUUCCCUUGAUAUUGGAAUAGGUAAUGUCAUUGAUGGAAACAGCUGAAGUUUGGUUUGAACAUUUUGCAGAGUCGCAAUAGUAUUGGUCUAUGAUAAUCGGGUUUCGGACCGUGUCCAUAUGGAUCCCCUCGAAGUUUAUUCCGGAUACUGAUCCGGACCCGCCUUGCCAUGUCUUGAUCCGGAUCCCAUUGUCAGAAUGCUUGAUGAUGCAGUUGCUUACUGUGAUGUUGGAUACACAAGCCUUGGUUUGGUGGAUUCCUAGGCUCCCAAUGCUGCACGACAAAUCAAAUUUUGAAGUUCAAUAAUAAAGUUACACACUUGUUCAUUUGUAUAUUUGUUGUGAAACUAAUUAUAAAUAUACAUUAUCCCGUCAUAAAUAAUAUUAUAAUUCAUGUAGUUUGUUUUUCUUUUCA